AUGUCUACCAAAGAAUCAGAGAGAAAUUCGUCCGCUCAGGAAACUCUGGAUAUCCUCUAUGAAAUAUCCCAGCUAUUGAAUACUCAGCUAGACAAGGCGACGCUUGCAACAUGCGUCGGAAUGGUUGAGAAUGGAGUGAAUCCGGAGGCACUUGCUGCUGUCAUCCAGGAACUUCGCAGAGAGGGUGCUGCUACAACUCCCGAUGUGCAGUCGUCAUCGACCAGUAAUACGCACGCAAGAUAG